AUGUUUGUCUCCCGAGGUCAUCAAUAUUUUAGAACCAACUUGGAGCCGUUUGAACGUCCUUGGUCAGAGCGCAAGGACGCCGCCAUUGCCGCCAUGCUGGAAAACUGCUUGAAAGUUCCAACAAUUAUUACCCUUCAAGACGCUCUUCUCAGUCAGGUUAAUGAUAUUAAAAAUGGCCUUAAUGAAAAUAAGGGUACCUCGUGGACUUAUUUUGGUUACGGGGCAGACGACGGGGCCCAAGCUGGUAAAUUCAAUCCAAUAUUUUACGAUUCAACCCAAUGGACACUAGAUUCUGGAAGACAAAGAUGGUUUAGCAUGUCCCCUUCUGAACCUUCACGCUAUCCCCCGGCAACCAACAAUACAACAAUUAUUGAGGCUACCUUGAUUCACAAAGCAACCGGGAAUGCAGUGAAUAUACUUAAUACCCAGCUUGAUGACAAACAUGAAGAUACGAGACAGUUGGGAGCAUUGGAUCUUCGAGUUUAUGCUGAAAAAUCGAUGCUAAUAGGACAUCCGACUGUUGUUACCGGUGAUUUCAACUCUAACAAGAGCGACCGUCCUUACAAAUACAUUUCCAACCCACGCUGGUUAGUUGAUUGUUCUAGGUACGAAAAACCGGAAUCUAAAAAUUUCUUCUCCACGUUUUCUGGUUUUUCAGGUCCAGAAGGAGAGACAACCGAUUUCAUUUUUGCUGAUAUACAAACUGUUCUUGGUUCCAACUACGAAAUCAUUGAUAAUAAAUCUAAAGAUGGAACCUACAGAUUUAGUAAUCAUAGGCCAGUCAUUAGAUUAGCACCAUACCAUUUCAGGAUUUAUAACAAUAAUAUAAGGGUUGCCGGAACCAACUUGGAGCCGUUUGAACUUCCUUGGUCGGAACGUAAGGACGCCGCGAUUGCCGCCAUGCUGGAAAAUUGCAUGGAGAUUCCAACAAUAAUUACCCUUCAAGGCGCUCUUCUUAGUCAGGUCAAUGACAUCAAAAAGGCUCUUAAUGAAAAUGAGGGUACCGCCUGGACUUAUUUUGGUUAUGGAGCAGACGAUGGGGCAGAAGCUGGUGAACUUAAUCCAAUUUUCUACGAUUCAAACGAAUGGACACUAGAAACCGGAAGUCAAAUCUGGAUUAGCAUGACUCCAAAUGUGCCCUCACUCUUUCCAAUGGAAACUCAAAAAAGAAUAAUUACUAUGGCUACAUUCAAGCACAACUCAAGACGCUUAAGCAUACUCAAUACCCAGUUUGAUGACAAGCGUGGUGCAUUAGCAGUGUUUGGAGCCCAGUCUAUUGAGCAAUGGACUAGGGAAUUGAUGAAAGAUGGACAUUUGACGGUUGUCACUGGUGGUAUCAACUGUCGCAAGGAACACCAACCAUACGAAGUUAUUACCGAAACUUUAUCUGAUUGCUCUAAAAAAUUCCUGCCACGCUAUUCUACCUAUUCUAGUUUUUCAGUUCCAGAAGGAGACACGUCAGAUUUUGAAACGAUAGAUUUUGUCUUUGUUGAUGCAGGAAAUAUUGCAACUACGAACUACCAAGUGAUUGAAAAUAAAUCUAAAGAUGGAACCUUUAGAUUCAGUGAUCAUAGACCAGUCAUCGCUGACGUGUUUAUCUAA